UCUUCAAACACAACCGUCAAGCUUGUAAUGUCUACGUACCUAUUUUUAGUAUAGUUUUAUUUAAUAUUUACCUUUAUGCGUAGGAGAAACAUAUUUGUACGCUCCUUGGGAGUAUUAGCUAGGAAAUUUAGGGUCUUACAGGAGACAUGGAUUUUACCGUGGUGGGGAAGUGGGGGAUUGGCAUCUGCGCCUCUUUGGGCCAUGGAUUCGGUGGUUUUAGUCAUAAAACUGUGUUCCGCCUGCGUUGUUGCUGUCCUGAAGGUACUUAUACCGCCUACAAUGAAGAGUUUGCACGGAGAAACUGUACUUAUAACAGGCGCAGGCCACGGCAUAGGCCGGGAACUGGCCAUGCAGUUCGCAGAGCUAGGCGCAACUGUCGUAUGUUGGGACUGCGACGCGCGCAGCAACAAUGCUGUGGUUCAGGAGAUCCGAAGCAAAGACGGAGACUGCUUCGGUUACACAGUCGACGUAACAGUGCGCGAGCAAGUCACGGGUCUAGCGGCGUUGAUGCGGCGGCAGUUGACUGAAAUCUCGAUGAUUGUCACCAACGCUGGAGCGGCGACAUGCGCUCCAUUGACGCACCUCCGACCAGAGGCUGUUAUGAAACUUAUUGAGAUCAAUUUUCUAGCGCACGUUUGGCUGAUACAAGCAUUUCUACCAAGUAUGAUUGAGAGGCGGCGUGGACACAUCGUCGCUAUUAACUCCAGUGCCGGGCUCAUGCCCAGUGCAGACAUGGUGCCUUACUGCGCAGCCAUGUUUGGUCUCAGAGGUUUUAUGGACGCAAUAACGGAAGAGUUGAGAUUGGACGCGUGGACAAAAAACAUUCACACGACAUCAGUGUAUCUGGCAACGGUGAACACGGGACUGUACCCGUCGCCUACGCAUCGCUUCACCUCGUGGUACUCUGAGCUUUCGGCCAAGCAAACUGCUAAGAUCAUUAUUGAAGGAAUUCGCAGAAACCAUAAGUGCAUCAGCAUACCUCCGUUCAUGACGUCUUUAAUUGAUAUCCAUAACCUUAUGCCGUACAGAAUACGCAUCAUUCUCACAGAUUUCUUCAACUUUGGCAAUAGGGGAUGGUUUUGUUUUUGCUAAAGGCAGAUUCUUAUAACAAUCUAUAGAAUUAUGACUAAUAAUUGGCCAAAUUAUAUUGGUCUUAUUAAUUUCACAAGUUUGAUUUUCUUAUGUCAAUAACUUGCUACAAAUGUUCGUUGUUAACUUCACAAUGUUUCGGCAAAAUUCUUUGUAGGGUAGUUCGUUUUAAACCUUGUAUUUAUUAGCUGUAGUUGUUUUUAAAUGAAUACUGCCUUACUAUCAGUCACAAUGGUGAUUUGUAAACAACUUUAGGUGUUAUUAAAAUAAAUCAAUUUCUUAAUUAAUGUAGGUUUUUAUUUAUUGUAAGGUAAUUCCAA